CUUUUUCCAAUUUCAAACCAUACAAGUCCAAUAUAAAUUGCAUAGUUUUUGAUAAAGUAUCGACAUUUUGUAAAAAAAAUUGGUUUGCUUGAGCCCGUAGCCAAACGAAUAGAAUUAAUAUAACUCCGUUGUGCUGUUGUGCACAAGCCAUUGCAAAUUACUGUUUUCGAAUUUGCGCGCCCACUGCCUACCUGUGAAUGGGCAGCACUGGAAAUCGAUAGCACAGUGGUCGAUUUCGAUAGGUGUCCGAUUGUCGGAAAACGAGCUGGCAUCCCCGUCGGUUGUUGCUUCUCAACUGCUGUUGUUGUUGUUGCCGUUUGAAUGGAAAUCAAAACCAAACAAAAUCUCGAGUGAAGACAAGUUGUUUUGGAUCUAGUCCUCGAGUCGAUACCUGUCUAAAAAUUCUCGGUUUGUUUUUGUAUCCCACAAAAUUCUUUGUGCGAAUGUAAAAUAUUAAGUUAUCAAAAUUACCUGUGAACUCAUAUUAUGGCUCAGAUGACCGAGAAGAGGAUGUCGUCGGCCCGAUCAGGGACCGCCGCGAAGGAGAACCAUGGCGGGUCCGGGGGACGGCACCACCAUCACCAGAGCCGCAGCGGCAAGGGCAUCGAGAUUCUUGACUUCCACGAGUCCUGGCUGGAGGAGGUGGAGCUCUACAAGGACAAGAUGGUCAUGUGCAAGAAGCUGACCCACCACAACCACGUACCCGCCUCGUCGCACCCGAACCACUUCAACCAGCACCUCUCUCCUCCGAACCGCUACCAAGGCCGGGUGGGGCCUACCACUCCGCAGCACCGCAGUGCCGCUGGCGGGGGAUCGGCGGCCGGUGGGGGACCCGUCUCCGCGGUCGCCUCCGCCGCUGCUGCCGCCUCAGCUGCUGCGGCGGCCUCCGCCCGCACCUCGCCCCCCAAGCUGAAGAGUCCGCCCUCUUCGCGCAAGCGCCACUCGCCGGAAAAGUCGCUCUCCAACGGCUUGUCGAAGGCCACUCAGCCGCCGCAGCGCGUCAGCAUGCGGGGAUCUCCUAUCCUGAGUUCGCCCCCGAAGGUCACCACAGCCGUGAGCGCCACCGUGGCCCCAGUUGUGGCCAACAGCGUGCUCCAGUCUGAGCCCUACAAGAAGGUUCAGAUGCUAUUGAAGCGCGCGAGGGACGAAGCCUUCUCCAAGCACUCGGUGGGCAACGGCGUCGGAAACGGAAACGGGGCCGGAAACGGGCACAAGCGCUGCAGCCUGAGCCCAACCAUCCAGGCCAAGGGAGCGCCCUCUAGCCUGUCCUGCUCGAGCACCCAGACCCUGAAGCCCUCGCCGCCGAGCAAGAUCGUCGUGAACACCUUCCACGGCAGCAGCAUGCUAAGUGCCCAGCAGCAGGAGGAAAAGAGCCGGCUGCUCACCCAGAACGGACUGACCAAGUCGGCAGCCACCGCCUUGGAGACUAGUCUCUACGCUUCCCUUUACGCCCAGUCGUCGCAUAACGGCCAGCACCACUUCACCAGCCACCGGGUUACCGCCGGUGACCACUGUUCGCCCUAUGUGGGUGUGUCCUUGAACAAGGGCGGUCAAGAGCUCGACCGUCGCCACGAGGAUGAUCCGUGUGCAGCCAUCGACGACAUCAACAACUACGACGACUCUGACUCCGAGGAGGAGUAUGUGGGCACCCCGUUUUUCCUGGAGGAGGACAGCUCUGAGACGCACCAGAGCCGGCACACGCGCCUCCAGCCUGAGAAAAGAGAUUCAAAGGAGUCGGUGGCCACCACAGACUCUGAGGCGUCGGUCUACUUCCGGCCCGAGGCCAUCCUCUCUCCCAGCCUGUUCCCGAACGUCCCGCCCUACCUCAACUUCACCUCGCACGCCGACAAGGGUCCUCCGAUGCCGGCGGCCCUGCACCGCGUCCUGAAGUGGAAGCUGAGUCCGGUGAUGCCCAAGAUUGUGAAGCGGGUGGUCCUCAAUUCCGGCUUUCGCAUUAUCAAGAACACCACCGACUGGAUGGCCGUGUGGGAGAAGCACAUGAAAAGCCCCGGCUUCCGGACCAUUCGAUCCCACCAGAAGUACAACCAUAUACCCGGGUCGUUCCGAAUAGGUCGCAAGGACACCAUGUGGCGCAGCAUCUACAGCAACAUGAAGAAAUUCGGAAAGAAGGAGUUUGGUUUUAUGCAAAAAUCCUACAUAAUGCCGGACGACCUGGAGAACCUCCGACAGGUGUGGCCAAAGAACGCCUCCAAACUGACGAAAUGGAUUGUGAAGCCGCCUGCGAGUGCCCGAGGAACCGGAAUACGGAUCGUCAACAAAUGGAGCCAGUUUCCCAAAGACCGUCCUCUAGUCGUUCAGAAAUACAUCGAACGUCCGCUGCUGAUCAACGACAACAAGUUCGACAUGCGCAUCUAUGUGGUACUGACCUCGAUCAACCCGCUCCGCAUCUACAUGUACAAAGACGGCCUGGCCAGAUUCGCCUCCGUGAAGUACAGCUCGGAGCUGAGCAAUCUCGACGAGCGCUGCAUGCACCUGACCAACUACAGCAUCAACAAGUUCUCGCAGAACUAUGCCAAGAACGAGGACUUCAAUGCCUGCCAGGGACACAAGUGGACGCUGCAGUCGCUGUGGUCAUGUCUGGAGAACCGCGGCGUCAACACCAAGCGCCUCUGGGCCACGCUUCGCAAUCUGGUCAUCAAGGGCAUCGUGAGCGGCGAGUCGGGACUGAACCGCAUGUACCGCCAAAAUGUCAAUUUCCGAUACAAUUGCUUCGAGCUAUUCGGCUUUGAUGUGUUGCUGGAUGAGAAUCUGGUUCCGUGGCUCCUGGAGAUCAACAUCUCGCCCUCACUGCACUCGGAGCUUCCACUGGACCUCCAUGUCAAGGGGCCCCUCAUCCAGUCUGUGUUGAACACGGCGCUCUACCAGGUGCCGCCAAAGCUGAACGAACGCCAACAGGCCGAGAUUCUAGAGGAGCUGAACCUCACCGGGCCUCUGUGUCACGACAAGCGUAUCUUCACCACCUGCCUGACUGCGGAGGAGGUGCGCAAGCACAACCAGUACACUAACCGCAGCAUCGAGUUCCGGGAGGAGUACGUGGACACCAUUCUGGACAACCUGCUGCCGGAUGACGUGCGUUGCCUUAUCGUCGCCGAGGACGAGCUGGCGCGAUGCCAGCCGCUGGAGAGGAUCUUCCCCACGGCGGGGACCCACGUCUACCUGCGCUACAUCGAGAACGCCCGCUACUACAACCGCCUGCUGGAUGCCUGGGAGUCCAAGUACGCCAAGAACCGGGAGGUGGGGAUCGCCUUGCUGUCGCGGUAUUGCCGAGACAAGUAUCAUCUGCAGGUUUCAGACGCGGCCAUGGAGAAGGAACCCAAUGUCGCACUUACCGAGAUCGAUAUGCUGCACGUACGCAAGGAUGAGGUCCUGGACGGUGCCACCACGCUGGCCCUGCUCAAGCCCGCCGCCGCCGCGGACAGCGGCGAGGUGGUGCCGCCAGGUUCGGACGCCUGCAUCGAGAUUAAAACCUGAAACCACCGAGACUGACCUGACUGUCCGAAGUCACCCCCACCGCCACUGCAUACCGAAAUCAUCUGAAAGUUGCUCUCGUUCUAAUCCUUUCCGUUUGCGGCCCGCAUCCCGUUCACCAAAUUCACCUUGGAAUUGUCGCCACCAAAUAAAGUUACAUAAAUCCGAUCGUCUUUAUUAUAA